AUGGAUAUGAACAAGCCCUUGUUUCCAGCUCCGCCUGGCUAUGUCGUCAAUCUCUCCAACCCCCAGAGGACAGGUGAGGCGGCAAAUCUAUGGGUGGGAGCAGUUGGAAUGAUUAUCGCGGCCUUAUUCAUGGCUGUUCGUAUCUACACAAAGACAAGGUUUGCAAAAGGCUUUUCUGCAGAUGAUGUGGCUCUGAUUGUGGCUUGGUUUUUCUCGGUUACAAUCCAGGUGAUUAUACUCGUGCAAUACAGAGGAGGAACACUCGGUGUUCACAUUUGGGAACUGAGCGGGAAUCGCGUCAAUUUCAGUCUGAAUCUGGUCAAUGUUGCUAGCAUCCUCUACUGCCCCUUUCUAGCGAGCGCAAAGCUGUCUCUUCUGUUGUUAUACCUUCGAUUAUCCCCCCUGCGCUGGUUCCGAAUCUGUGUGUAUGGCGCAAUGUUCAUAGUCAUUGGAUACAGCAUUGCGCUCCUCUUUCCGCUCCUCUUCGCCUGUACACCUUUUAAGAGAAAUUGGGACGUUACGAUCACAGAGGGGAGUUGUAUUAACCGCACACCGCUCUACAUGGCGACUGCUGUGUUGAAUAUGGUGACAGACAUUUUACUACUCGUCUUGCCUAUACCCAUGGUUGUUAAGCUACAGGUCCCGAGGGCGCAGAAAGCGGGCUUGUUGUGCAUUUUCGGUGUCGGAUCGCUGACCUGUAUCACCAGCGGAGUGCGCCUCGCCCUCUUGUUCCCGAUGCUCAACACUAUCGACCAGACAUGGGCCAUUAUGAUGCCCGGAAUAUGGAUGUGA